UCAUCCCCACCUAAUAAUGUCCAAACGCACCGUGAAGAUGGGCGUGAUGGGCCGCUAUGGGGUUCGCUAUGGUGCGAACCCCCGUAAACGCGCCAAGAAGCUCGAGAUCUCUCAGCACGCCAAGCACUUCUGCUCGUUCUGUGGUAAAUUCGGCUUCUGCCGAAAGGCCGUUGGCAUCUGGCGCUGUGGAGGCUGUGGAAAGACAAUGGUCGGUGGUGCUUAUACCCUGAGCACUCCCAACAACAGCACGGUUCGAUCCACCGUGCGCCGGCUGCGUGAGCUUGGAAAGAACUAAAAAGCCUCAGUUUCACCUCUUUUUACUUUUUUUUUGAUUGCUACUGAUGGUUUUAUUCAGACACAUUGCCAAUAUGACGUAGGAGAUGCUAUAAAUGUACUUUUGUUAUUAUUUAUUUAGAACUAAUUUUCCAUGAA